GUACUGUAUUUUUUGUGUCGCUGACUGUAUUUUGUUAGUGUUCGAUUGUCGUUCAACUUUAAGUCCUAUUGGACUUAACAUGCUAUUUAUAGUUGUUUCAAGGAAACCCCAAAGAGGUUUUCAAAGAUAACUAGUUUUAUUCUGAAUUAAUUUGUUCAUAUGUAUUGGUAGUAAAAGAAACGUGAUCUUUUUUCGCUAUGUCAGAUAUAUCUGAAGAUGAGGCGACAGAUGAUGAAACCACGGAUGUGGAAAGAUCCGAAAUCGAAAGACACCAAGGAGAAGAACUCAAGAUAUUACCUCGGAACCUAUGGGACCCGCAGGAUUCGCCGCGUCCCAUGGACAGGAUGAAGUAUCCGCUAAAGGCUGUCUACUGGACAAACAGUCAGUCCAAGCCAUGUUACAACCAGAAACAAUGUCUCAGAAGAAUCAGAGAACUUCAGGAGUUCCAUCUGAAAGGAGGGAUGUUCGACAUACCUUUCAAUUUCCUGGUUGGAGGAGACUGUAAGAUAUACGAAGGUCGAGGAUGGGACUGGGGGUGUCUUCUACCCUACACAAGGAGACAGAUCAUUGACAUGUAUAAACAUCCUUACCAGAACUGUAGUCUUGUCAUCGCCUACAUUGGCAAAACUUUAGAAAGAGAUUUGAAUCACCCUAUGGUCCAGGCGGGAGACAGGCUGGUCGACUAUGCCAGGGACAACAACAUGAUAAUUCCUGGAUUUGAAACUAUAGUCAAACCUUACUGGGUGGCAUACGCCAAGAACAUGUUUGCUGCUGAAGCAGAUGUGCAAGACCCUGGAAGAGGAUGAAGAGCAGACAAACAAUUGCAUUGUAUAAACUACACUGUUGCAAUUGCCUGUCUUGUUGUAAAUUUUAAUUUAUUUACUAAGAUUAAAUAUUUGUAUGGGAUUCCCAUCAAAUGA